AUGAGCCAGUACACGGGCAAGGCGGUCGCCGCCGCCGGCCGCUCGGAUCACUUCUUGGCGCAGCAGGCGGCCGCCGAGCGCGACUCGGAGGACGUGGCGCCGGCGGGAGCUGCGGCUCGCAAGGCCGCGGCGGAGCUGCGAGCGCAGCUGCUGGGGCCCGUCUCCCGCACCGGCGCCGAGCCGACGACACUGCUGACCGGCUACACGCCAAUGCCGAUCGGCAACAGCUCGGCAGCGGCAACGGCUCCAGCAACGACUGAGCCUGCGCCAGCAGCCAGCCGGCCAAAGGCGGCGAUGUCCAAGGCCGAGCGCCGAAGGCAAAAGAAGGGCCCGGCUCAGCAGCAGCACGAGCAGGCGCUUGCCGCUCCGCCAGAGGCCGCGCCGAAGAAGAAGAAGCGCAGGCGCGACAUCCCGCCACAGCCGGAGGAGUCGUCGGCCCUCGACGCUGUGGACCUCUUUGCCACCGCUCUGCCUUCGGUCCUGGGCAGCGGCGACGCCGCUCCCUCCGCCGCUCCGCCUGGGGCGGCGAAGAGGAAGAAGGAGCGCGCCGCCUCUGCGGUGGACGCGUCCGAGAUGGACGGCAUCUUUGGUGACGGAGAGCCGGUCCUGGGCCCCGACGGAGACGUGUACCGUGACCUCAAGCGAGUCUGCCGCGACUGCGGCGCCGGCUUCAUCUUCAGCGCGAGCACACAGCUCUCCCUGGCGGCGCGUGGCUUCUCCGGCACGAAGACGCGUUGCGAGCCGUGCGCGAAGCACAAGAAGAACCGCUACGGCUCCAAGCCGGACGGUGCGGCGACGGGCAGAGGUGGCGCCGGUGGCGCCGGUGGCGGUGGGCGCGGCAAGGGCGGCGGGCGAGGCAAAGGCAAGGGCGGCGGCCGAGGCAAGGGCGGCGGCCGAGGCAAGGGCGCGGCGAACGCCUCCAAGAGGGAGGUGCCCGGCACCGUCUCGUUUUAA